UCAGGGACCGAUGAGCACGGGCUAAAGAUCCAGCAGGCCGCAGCCGCGGCAGGGACGUCGCCCCCGGAGCUCUGCGAGCAGGUUUCAGGCCUCUUCCACCAGGCCUUGACCCAGGCUGCCGUCUCCUUCACUGACUUCACCCGCACCAGUGAGCCCCGCCACCAGCGAGCCGUGCAUCGUUUUUGGGGCGCACUCUGGGACGGCGGAGCACUCUACAAAGGGUCUUACGAGGGCUGGUACUGCACUCCCGAGGAGUGCUUCCUGACAGAGAGCCAGCUCACUGAGCACAGGGAUGCCCAGGGACGCCCAUGCAAGGUGUCUUUGGAGACUGGCCAUCAGGUGCACUGGACCAAAGAAGAGAAUUAUAUGUUCAGGCUUUCAUCAUUCCGGGAUCCAUUGCGGAAGUGGCUCCAGGACAACCCACAUGCCAUUUCCCCUGACCCUUUCUACCAGCGUGUGCUCCACUGGCUGGAAGAGGACUUGCCAGACUUGUCCGUCUCUCGUGAGAGAAGCCGGCUGCAGUGGGGUAUCCCUGUCCCCAGUGACUCAACACAAACUAUUUAUGUAUGGGUAGAUGCCCUGGUGAACUAUCUGAGCGUGGUGGGCUACCCUGAGACACAUGGUGAGUGGUGGCCUGCCGUGCACCAUGUUGUGGGCAAGGACAUCCUCAAGUUUCAUGCUGUCUACUGGCCAGCACUGCUGAUGGCAGCAGGUCUGCCUCCCCCCGAGCGAAUCUUUGUGCACUCCCACUGGACUGUCCGUGGGCAGAAGAUGUCCAAAAGCCUGGGCAAUGUGAUUGACCCCUUUGCUUGUAUCAGACAGUACACAGUAGACGGAUUUCGGUACUUCCUGCUAAGGCAGGGUGUACCUGAGCGGGAUUGUGACUAUUAUGAUGAGAAGGUUGUUAAGCUUGUGAAUUCAGAACUGGCAGAUGCGCUUGGAGGGCUUCUGAAUCGGUCAACAGCCCUCAGCAUUAACCCCAGCAACACUUACCCCUGUUUCUCAGAGUCUUGUUUUCCAAAGGUCUUGGAUUACAGGGAGACAAAAGGCAUGGGUAGGGCUUCUGCUGAAGACUAUGAGUUUGUGGCAUCAGUGGCUUCUCUGCCUCUGCAGGUGGCUAGUUAUUUUGAAGGUUUCCAGAUCUACAAGGCUUUAGAAUGUAUUGUCCUGUGCGUAAGGCAGACCAACAGUUUUUUCCAGAGACACAGGCCUUGGAAACUUGACCGAAAAGACCCUGCAGAGCAGCUCUGGCUUGACACCAUCAUCCAUGUUACGCUGGAAUGCCUGCGUGUCUAUGGGACUCUCCUGCAGCCCGUGAUCCCACACAUUGCAGACAAGUUGCUUUCCAGGCUGGCUGUUGAGCCAGAAGAGAGAGGUCUCUCAAGUUUGACGUUUCUGCCACGCUACAGUGGGAAGCCAUGUCCCUUUGAAGGGAGACAGCUUGGACCUGACACCGGCGUCUUAUUUCACAAACUAGAGAAGUAAAGACGGCAUCAGAUAGAAACCAAGAAGCUCUAGCCUCUGACAAAUGGCUUCUGUAAAUACCGCUUCCCCCUCCCCAGGAAC